AUGCUCUGGCUGCACAAGAAUCACCCUAAAACCUUAGCCCGCAACAUCGACUCACUGGCGAGUUUCAGAUACGUCAGGGACAUGCUCGAGAUUCUCUUUCGGGUUCUCGAAGACCCGGACUCCCGGAAGCAGGCCAAGGAGGCGUACGAGCAGUGGAAAUUGCAAGAUCUCCCCAUCAGCAUGGGUAAGCCCGAUCUGAUAAUAUCAAGUCUUAUUUAUUCCUAUUUUCCAUUCCCUUCAAACUUUGUGGUCUUGUCUCCAGAGGACUUCGAUGAGGCCGUGCUCGACGAAAAAAAGGACGUCCUAGUUGAGUUUCAUGCCCAUUGGUAG